GGACGCCGGAAGGAGAACUCGGGAGAGACCUCGGGCAACGGGGCGGGCGGACGCCGCGCGCCGGCCCUCCCCCAGCGGGCCCCUGGGCCCCCAGCCCUGAGCGACACCCGCGGCGGAGCCCCCGGACGGGGCGGUGGCCUGCGGAGCCGCGCGGGCACUCCGGCGCUGGGAACCCGCACCGCACAGGAAGCCCUGAGUGGGGCACCCUGGCCAUGUGCAGCCCUGAGGAGGCAGCCCUGCUGCGGCUAGAGGAGGUCUUCUCAGCCACCCUCGCCCGCGUCAACAGCCUUGUUCUGCAGCCCCUGCUGUCUGCAGCCCAAGAGCCUUCGGAGCCCCAGAGUAGAGAGUGCCUGCGGCUCCUACAGCAGCUGCACGGGAGCUCCCAGCAGCUCUGGGAGGUGACGGAGGAAAGCCUGCACUCGCUGCGGGAGAGGCUGCGUCACCCCGGCUCCACUGGCCUGGAAUCCCUGCUGCUGCUGCGAGGUGCUGACCACGUCCUGCAGGUCUACAUAGAGUACAUUGAGUCCUACACGAGCUGCAUAGUGCUGCAGGCCUUUCAGAAGGCAGCAAAGAGGAGGAGUGAGUUCUGGCGGGGCCAGCUGAAGGCGCUGCGGCAGCUCCUGUCCGGCGUGGGCUCAAAGGGCUCGGUGGGCACAGCGCUGAUCCAGGCCCUCCGCCAGCCGCUCACCCACCAUGUGCAGCAGUACGUGCUCCUCCUGCUGAGCCUCGCGGACACUGUCCCGGAGCACCACCCUGCCCGGGAGCUGGUGGUGAACGCGGCCACCCUCUUUGGGAACCUACAGUCCUUUUUGAGGCAGGCGUUGGACCAGGCAGUGGCCACACAGGCCCUGUGGCCCACCCUGAGCCGCCGGCAAAGGGAUGUGCUCUGCACCCCUGCUCGCCGACUCUUGCAAGACAGCCAGGACGUCCCCGUGACGGUCACCCCGCUGCGGGCUGAGCGCGUGUUGCUCUUUGAUGAUGCCCUCGUCCUGCUGCAGGGCCACAAUGUCCACACCUUUGAUCUGAAGCUGGUGUGGGUGGAUCCUGGGCAGGACGGGUGUACAUUUCACCUCCUUACACCUGAAGAAGAGUUCUCCUUUCGUGCCAAGGACCCCCAGGGCCAUGCAGUCUGGCAGUGGAAGGUGACCCAGGCUGUAUGCCAGGCCCUGCGUGGGAAGAAGGACUUCCCCCUGCUGGGGGCGGGCCUGGAGCCCUCUGAGCCCCCUGCCUGCCGCUGUACGGCUCACACCUUCCGUGCGGAGGGCCGGUUCUGCCAGGCCACCUACGAGGGCGAGUGGUGCCGGGGCAGGCCCCACGGCAAGGGAACCCUGAAGUGGCCGGAUGGGCAGAAUCACGUGGGGGAUUUCCGCCAGGGCCUGGAGCAUGGCUUUGGCAUCCGCCUGCUGCCCCAGGCCUCCGAGGACAGGUUCGACUGUUACAAGUGCCACUGGUGGGAGGGCAGAAUGAGUGGCUAUGGCAUCUGUGAAUACGGCACCGAAGAGGUGUAUAAGGGCUACUUCCAGGAGGGCCUGCGGCAUGGCUUUGGGGUGUUUGAGAGCCCCCCGCAGGCCGCCCAACCCUUCAGGUACACGGGCCACUGGGAGAAGGGCCAGAGGAGCGGCUAUGGCAUCCAGGAUGACAGUGACAGGGGCGAGCGCUAUAUUGGCAUGUGGCAGGCAGACCAGCGCCAUGGCCCGGGGGUCGUGGUCACCCAGGCGGGCGUCUGCUACCAGGGCACCUUCCAUGCGGACAAGAUGGUGGGCCCGGGCAUCCUUCUCUCUGAGGACGACUCCCUGUACGAGGGCACCUUCACCAAGGACCUGACCCUCAGGGGGAAGGGCAAGGUCACCUUCCCCAAUGGCUUCACCCUGGAGGGCUCGUUUGGCAGUGGGGCAGGGAGAGGACUGCACACACACGGUGUGCUGGACACGUCUGCCCUCCCACCGGACCUGAGCAGCAUCUGCAAGAGGCAGCUGGGGCUGGGCGCCUUCCCCGUGGAGAACCGCUGGCAAGGAGUCUAUGGCCCCUUCCGGGACUUUGUGUCUGCUGGCUGCCCUGGGGACCUGCAGGAGGCCCUGCUGGGCUUCCACGUGCAGAGCUCGAGGGAGCUGCGCAAGUCCCAGGAUUACCUGUGCUGCGAGAGGACCCAGCCCGAGGACAGUGUGGGCAGAAUCAAGGACAGCCUGGAGGAGUUGCUGCAGCACCGGGAGCCCAAGGCCCUGCAGCAGUACCUUAGGAAGGCGCUGAGCAACUCACUGCACCCCCUGGGGAAGCUGCUGCAGAGGCUGAUGCUGACCUUCCAGGCUACGUACGCAGGAGUUGGGGCCAACAAGCACCUGCAGGGGCUGGCCCAGGAGGAGGUGAAGCAGCAUGCCCAGGAACUCUGGGCCACCUACAGGGGUCUGCUGCGUGUUGCCUUACAGCAUAAGGGCCAGGCCCUGGAUGAGGAGGAGGAGGAGGAGGAAGACGCAGAGACAAGAGACCUCCGUGUAUGUGGAUUGGUGCUGCCCCUCGUGCUGCCCAGCUUCUACUCAGAGCUCUUCACGCUCUACCUGCUGCUUCACGAGCGGGAGGACAGCCUCUACAGCCAGGGCAUCACCAGUCUGAGCCUCUUCCCUGACACCAAGCUGCUGGAGUUCCUGGAGGUGCAGAAGCACCUGUGGCCCCUCAAGGACCUCACGCUGACGACCAAUCAGAGGUACUCCCUGGUCAGGGACAAGUGCUUCCUGUCAGCCACCGAGUGCCUGCAGAAGAUCAUGACCACGGUGGACCCCCGGGAGAAGCUGGAGGUGCUGGAGAGGACAUACGGGGAAAUUGAGGCCACUGUGUCGCGGGUGCUGGGCAGGGAGCACAAGCUGCCCAUGGAUGACCUGCUGCCUCUGCUCAUCUACGUGGUGUCGCGUGCCCGGAUCCAGCACCUGGGAGCCGAGAUCCACCUGAUCCGUGACAUGAUGGACCCCAUCCACACAGGAGGCCUGUAUGACUUCCUGCUCACAGCCCUGGAGGCCUGUUACGAGCACAUCCAGAAGGAAGACAUGAGGCUGCACCGCUUUCCCGGCCACUGGGACUCCAGGGAGCUCUGGUAGCUUGGCCUCUCCUGGACAGAGUGCUGGGCUCAGAGGGGCCGCUGUACACCUCACUUGGGACCAAGCACCGCCUAGCCGGUCCCUCAUCGCCCAAGGCAAAGGGCAGGAUGGGCCCUUGGAGGAGAGGGGCAUUUUGUUUCACACUGGGAGGAUCUGCUGCUGCUGUGACUGGGGAGAGGGUGAGGGGUGACGGGCUGGUGGUUUUCCCUUGGCCACUAGGCCAGUCUCCGAUGACCCCCUCAACCUGUGGCAGAUCACAGUCUAGGGGUGAGGAGCCCCAGGCUUCUCUUGGCCUGAGCCUUGCUCCCAAGUUGUUGAGCCUCUCUGGGCCUCAGUGUUGCCAUCUGUAAAAUGGUGCAGUGGGUGGUCUGUAGAUGACCUUCCAUCCACGCUGCUGAAGUCCAGAGUCCUUUGGAAGUCUGACUGUAGUCUGUUGGGCUGCAACUGAAAUUCCCAUGUCA